AUGGCACUGCCUGCGUGUGCAGCCCGGGCGCUCGGGCCGCCGCCGCCGCCGCCGCCGCUGCAACCGGAGCAAGGAGCGCCGGCUCGCACCACCUGUCCCCGCCGGCAUUCCAGAGCAGCGGCUGAAUUGGCAGCAAGCCUGUCCGGAUCGGUGGCUGCCUCAGUCCGAGCGGGCCCUCCUAGGGGUGUGUCUCACAGAUUCAACUCCCAGCCGCUCCAGGACGAGUCCCUCAAGGCGUGUUCCUCCCUGGCUGGAGCUGUGCGCGCCCCGCUCUUCGCACUGUUGCCCCGAGGCCGCCGCAGGCGGAUGCACGACUUCAGGCGACGCUGGGACCUGGGCUCCCUCUGCCGGGCCCUGCUCACUCGGGGCCUGGCCGCCCUGGGCCACUCACUCAAGCACGUGCUCAGCGCGAUUUUCUCCAAGAUUUUCGGCCCCCUGGCCAGCGUAGGGAACAUGGAUGAGAAAUCCAACAAGCUACUGCUGGCUUUGGUGAUGCUCUUCCUAUUUGCUGUGAUCGUCCUGCAAUACGUGUGCCCCGGCACAGAAUGUCAGCUUCUCCGCCUGCAGGCAUUCAGCUCCCCGGUACCGGACCCUUACCGUUCGGAAGAUGAGAGUUCCGCCAGGUUCGUGCCCCGUUACAAUUUCAGCCGCGGCGAUCUCUUGCGCAAGGUAGACUUCGACAUCAAGGGCGAUGACCUGAUCGUGUUCCUGCACAUUCAGAAAACGGGGGGCACCACUUUUGGCCGCCACCUGGUCCGCAACAUCCAGCUAGAGCAGCCUUGUGAGUGCCGAGUAGGGCAGAAGAAAUGCACUUGCCACCGGCCGGGUAAGCGGGAGACCUGGCUCUUCUCCAGGUUCUCCACGGGCUGGAGCUGCGGGCUGCAUGCCGACUGGACCGAGCUGACCAGCUGUGUGCCCGCCGUGGUGGAUGGCAAGCGCGAUGCCAGGCUCAGACCAUCCAGGUGA